GUGCAGUUUUGAAGUGUCAAAAUGAUUUAAAAAAGAAUAAAACUGAGUUUUUCUUUUUAUAUAUAAACAAUAGAAUAUGUAGAAGCAGGUAUACUGUGUAGCAGAGAGUUUGUGAAGCAAGAAAUUAACAAUGGAGAGGGUUGAGUUGAACAAACUGCUGAUUUUUCAAAGCAUUACACUGAAUGGCAUCUUAGACCAAAUUGUGAUGCUUUGGAACAUUAUCAAACUACCAUUUGUGGUGCCAACAUUACAAGUCAUGGUGAAUAUUUGUUUGGUCAUGUCUGUUAUGCUGUUCAUGGAGAGAGUUUGCAUGGGAAUUUUCAAGGUUUUCAUAAAAUUAUCGCGACGAAAACCCGAAACGAACUACGAAUGGGAGGCCAUGCAAGAAGAUGUUGAGUUCGGAACUUCAAAUUAUCCCAUGGUGCUUGUGCAGAUACCAAUGUACAAUGAAAAAGAGGUGUAUCAGUUGUCAAUCGGAGCAGCAUGCGCACUUUCAUGGCCAUAUGAUAGAAUCAUUGUUCAAGUUCUUGAUGAUUCCACCGAUCCGGCUAUUAAGGAGCUGGUGGAAGUGGAAUGUAUGAAGUGGAGAGGCAAAGGCAUAAACAUUAAGUACGAGAUCAGAGACAAUAGAAAUGGUUAUAAAGCAGGAGCUCUAAAAGAGGGAUUGAAGCACAGCUAUGUGAGCCAAUGUGACUUUGUUGCCAUCUUUGAUGCUGAUUUCCAGCCUGAGCCUGAUUUUUUGACGCGUACCAUCCCGUUUUUUGUUCACAAUCAUGAUAUCGGCCUUGUUCAAGCUCGUUGGAAAUUCGACAAUGCAGAUGAGUGCUUGAUGACAAGAAUGCAAGAGAUGUCUCUGAACUAUCAUUUCAGUGUAGAGCAAGAAGUUGGUUCCCAAACAUGUGCAUUUUUUGGCUUCAAUGGAACUGCUGGUGUGUGGAGAUUCAAGGCGCUUAAUGAAGCAGGAGGAUGGAAGGAUAGAACGACUGUGGAGGAUAUGGAUUUGGCUGUCCGAGCUUCCCUCAAAGGAUGGAAAUUUGUGUUUGUCGGAGACAUUGAGGUAAAAAGUGAACUUCCAAGUACUUUCAAAGCCUUCCGAUAUCAACAACAUCGAUGGUCGUGUGGUCCUUCUAAUCUCUUCAAGAAAAUGGCCUUUGAAAUUGCAACAAACAAGAAAGUGUCUUUUUGGAAGAAGUUAUAUGUGCUAUAUAGUUUCUUCUUGGUACGAAAGGUAGUGGCCCAUAUUGUCACAUUUGCCUUCUACUGUGUUGUUUUGCCAUUGACUGUUUUGGUUCCUGAAGUCCAAGUUCCUAUAUGGGGAAUUGCUUACAUUCCUACUGUUAUAACCAUUCUCAAUGCCAUUGAAACUCCAAGGUCACUUCACCUAGUAAUUUUCUGGGUCGUAUUUGAGAAUGUUAUGGCGAUGCACCGAACAAAAGCAACCAUCAUUGGCCUGCUGGAGAUUGGGAACGUCAAUGAGUGGAUUGUUACGGAAAAAUUAGGAGAUGCCUCGAAAAUUAAAGAUUCUCAUAGUGUCCCUCUUCUUUGUAAUGCUCCUGUGAAAAAAUCUGGCCCAACAAUUUGGGAAAGAAUUAAUGGAUUAGAGAUGGUUGCGGCGAUGUUUCUUUUCCUGUGUGGAUGGUAUGAUUUUGUUUAUGGAAAGAACUAUUUUUUCAUCUACAUCUUUCUCCAGUGCUUAGCCUUCCUUGUUGUUGGGUUCGGAUAUGUGGGUACAUUUGUUCCCAAGUAGACAAUUCUACAAGUGAACAUAUAACUUCUGCUGGCAUUGACUAUCUUCUGAGAAACAAAAGAUUUGUUGAGGGAUUGAAGAUUGACUAUUGACAUUAGAGCGCAUUGCAGGCACAAACUUGGAAGCAUUAAAAACAAGAGACGGAAGUGUUUCAAGCUUUUAGUGAAUCUUUUGUAUCAAAUUUGUAAUCAAAAGUAAAAAACCUGAAAGCUUAGAAUACUUGUUCAUAGAUAUUGAUGGGAGUGGGACUAUCAGUUGUUACACUACUUCUGUACUUGUGUUGUUUAAAGAAUAUUGGAUAUGAUCACUUACAACAAUAGACGAGAAACAUUAUUCCAG